GACGCUGCCGAAAGGCGGUUCAGGUUUGCCACGUCUCUCUGUGGCAGCGGCAGGUCUGAAGUGAGGUACUAAGGCAUGGUUGCAUUCUGUUUUAAACACUCAAAACCAAAUAAAUAGGGGAACUCUUUUCAAAGCACCGCGGCCGUAAAUAAGUAUUCAUUUCAUAAAAUAACUCAACACAAAGAACGAACAGUAGUGAAUUAAAUGCUCCUUUGCGUUUUGGACGGGUACAGUUUCAAACCACAACCAGUUUUCACACACAGCAGAUGUUUGAGCGUCAACUCCAACCACUGCACAUCUAUGUAGGUCAGGCAGCACUGGGAUCAGUACUGAGUUCUCGGGGUGGCCCAUCCCGGUGUCUCCUGAAUUGGUUCGGUUGCUUGCCAUGCCUGGUGGAAGACGGGGUCCGAGCAGGCAGCAGCUGAGCAGGUCAGCAUUGCCUUCUCUACAGACACUAGUUGGAGGAAGCUGCAGCAACGGGACUGGCCUCAGGAACAGGAACAGUACUUCUGUCGGUCUGUCUGCUCCACCGAUCACUGCCCUCAUCACCCCUGAGCCUGUCCGCCACCGUCGUGUCCCUGAGCUCCCCCUGGACGGGAGCCUGCUCUUCGAGUUCCUGUUCUUCAUUUACCUGUUGAUUGCCCUCUUCGUCCAGUACAUAAACAUCUACAAAACUGUCUGGUGGUACCCUUACAGCCACCCCGCUUCCUCUACCUCACUGAAUUUCCACCUAAUUGAUUACCACCUGGCAACCUUCAUUACAGUCAUGUUGGCCCGAAGAUUAGUAUGGACAAUAAUUUUGGAGGCCACCCAAACAGGACCAACAUCGAUGGUACGCUACACAGUGUUGAUUGCUGCACGGUUCAUUCUUCUCACCGUGUGUGGCUGGGUGCUGUGCUGGACGCUAGUCAACCUCUUCAGAAGUCAUUCAGUGCUUAACUUGCUCUUUCUUGGGUACCCAUUUGGUGUGUAUGUGCCGUUGUGCUGCUUCCACCAGGAGAGUCGGUCGCAGACGCUCCCUACAGACUGCGGUUACCUGGACCAGGAGCAGCUUGAUGGUCCUCUGAUUAAAUCCAAGGACUUCCUGACGCUCCUGAGGGAGAAUUUAAAAGAACAGUUUAAUAACCCCACAUCCAUCCCAGUGCAUUCCUGCCCUCUGUCGCCGGAUCUGAUUCGAAACGAGGUGGAGUGCCUCAAAUCAGACUUCAACAAGAGGAUUAAAGAAGUGCUUUUUAACUCACUCUUCAGUGCCUAUUAUGUAGCCUUCCUGCCUCUCUGUUUUGUAAAAAGUACACAGUACUAUGACAUGCGAUGGUCAUGUGAGCACCUCAUCAUGGUCUGGAUAAAUGCCUUUGUCAUGUUAAUGAGUCAGUUGCUGCCUCCAAAAUACUGUAAUUUGUUGCACAGAUCCGCAGCACAUCUCGGCAAAUGGCAGAAACUAGAACAUGGUUCUUACAGCAAUGCUCCACAACACGUCUGGUCAGAAAGUACGAUAUGGCCACAAGGUGUGCUGGUGCGACACAAUCGGUGUUUAUACAAAGCUGUGGGACCUUAUAAUGUUGCAGUGCCUUCAGAUGUAUCCCAUGCCAGAUUUUAUUUUUUAUUUCACAAACCCUUAAGGAUCCUGAACCUUCUGAUUCUGAUCGAAGGCAGCGUGGUGCUUUACCAGCUCUACUCUUUGCUGCGGUCCGAAAAGUGGAACCACACUCUUUCUUUGGCUUUAAUUCUUUUUUGUAAUUACUAUGUUCUAUUUAAACUGCUUAGGGACAGAAUAGUCCUGGGAAAAGCGUACGCUUAUCCUUUGAACAGCUUUGGAAUUAAGUCUCAUUAAACAGACAUGAGUUUGGGUGGGGUGGAGGGGAAAGAGUGAGACCAGAAAAAAAAUAUUUUUUUGAUACGGUUCUAUUUUUCAUGCAAUGUUUAUAUCUAUUUAAAGAUAUUUUAUAUUUUGUAUACUGUUUCAAGAGUUCCAGUUCUUUGCAUUUGCAAGGUGUUAUUACUUUUGAGCACUUGCCAUCACUUUUGUAUUCUCCAAACAUACGCUUUGCUCAACCUUUUAAAAUGAUGAAAGUAAUUUACUGAAGUGCCAAGACUAUGUCACAGCCAGACACCAUGCUGUAGCAAUUAUUGGGAGGAGUAAAUCAAUAAAUGCAACUGAUUUGCGUGUUGAAUAACAUGCUGCAAUA